AUGCGGAGCGACAGCAGCAUCGGGAACCACAUCGAGGAGCUGGCCCUGCCCGAGCCCGGCUCGAGCUGCUGGCUCGCCUGCUGCCUCAGCGACUUCCAGGGCAGCGGGCGGACGCCCGCGGGCGAGGAGUGGAACCGCGCGCUGUCCCUGAUCCCCAUCAAGGACAAGGACACGGAGAUCCUCUUCAGGUCCCGCAUGGCGGCGCUGAAGCAGGCGGGCCUCGCGGAGAGCGAGGACGCCAAGGGGCGCACGCUCCUCUGGCACGCGGCGUACUACAACGACAGCGCCGCGGCGAUCGUCAUCACGAAGCUGCUCCCCCACACGCAGCUCAUCCUCGAGCCCGACAACGUCUACGUCAAGAGCCCCCUCCAGCUCUCGAAGAUGCACCGGAACCUCGACGUCUUCGACGUCUUCCGGGAGCACGUGAACCAGCGGGACCUCGACGAGCACUGGCACCACAAAAACGAGAAGGACACGCUGCUCGAGAGCUUCUUCCCGUCGCGGCUGCGCGAGAGCGUCGCGAGCGCGCGCGACGACGGCGACGGCGGUGCCAAGGCCGAGGAGGUGCGCGCCGCGGACCGCGCGACGCGCGGCGCGGCGCCCGUCGUCGACGCCGUCGUCGCGUCGGCGCCCAAGGACGACGACGAGCUGUCGCCGGAGUGCGCGGACUGGGCCGCCGAGGUGCGGGACCGCGGCGGCUACGCGCCGGCGUCGCCCAAGGCCGCGGAGGCCCGGGCCGCGCUCCGGAGCCUGCGGGCGCGCGUGCGCGUGACCCUCAGCGUCGCGCCCGACGACCUCGCGGCCCUCGAGCAGCUCGUGGACCGGCUGCUCGAGGCGGCGCGGCGCCUCGCGUGCCGGCCGUCGCACUUCGCGCCCGCGCUCGCGAGCCUCGACGUCCUGGAGCGGUGCGCGGUGCUGGCGGGCGACGUGCUCCGGGGCGCGACGCGGCGUCCCGAACGCAAGAAGGCCAUGGACGCGCGCGACGCCUGGCUCGCGCGCGUCGACGACCUGCGCAAGCAGGUCCGCGCGUCCGCGAAGCUGCGCGCGUCCGCGCGCGCGGCGCCGAGCGCGCUCCGGCUCUCGCUCGCGGCCGUCGACGCGCACCUGCGGGCCGCGAGCGACGACGCGCUCGCGCGGAGCGCGGGCCUGCGGGCCGGCGCGAAGAUCCUGGGCGGGCUCGUCAAGUCCGUGGCGAAGAUGUCGCUCGACGGCGACCUCGUCAGCGGCUGCUUCGACGCGGGCGCGCUCGCCGUCGACGCCGCGCGGACGCGCGCCGCGCGGGACCUCGCGCGGCGCCUCGAGGUCGUAGCGACGCUCCGGGGCGCGCUCGCGCGCGGCGGCGCGCCCGGGGACGUCCUCGAGGCGGCGUUUCGCGUCGACGGCGGCGCGACGCGCUGGGAGGUGCCCGCGGCGCUCGCGUGGCUCCUCGGCGACGUCGUCGAGGCCGCGGCCGCGCGCGCGGACGCCGCGGCGGGCGACGGCGACCGCGCCGCGGCGCUCGCGGUGGCCCGCGUCGCGCUCGAGGGCGACGGCGACGGCUUCGGGGGCCUCGCGGGCCUGCUCGCGCGCGGCGACGCGUCGCGUCUCGCCGAGGACGUCGACUCGGCCGCGCUGCGCCUCUCGCGGUGGGCCGAGGCGCUCGCGGGCGGCCAAUCCUUCGAGGACUGGCUCGACGACGGCGCGGCGCUCGCCGCGGAGGCCUGCGACGCCGCCGUCGCGCGCGCCGCCGACGCGGCGUCGGCGGCGGCCGUGGACGGGCUCGCGCGGGCGUGGGCGCCCGGCGCGGCGGCGACGAGGAAGGCGCUCGAGGCGCUCGGGAAGGGGACGCUCGCGCCGCUCCGGGCGAACGCGGCCGCGGGGGCCCUGCGCGCGCCCGCGCCGCUCCUCGAGCGCGCGGCGGACGCGCUCGACGCCGCCGCGGGCCUCGACCCGGCCGCGGUCGUCGCCGGCGCGCUGGACCGCGUCCGGGACCUCGCGGUGGCCCGGCUCGACGCGGCCGUCGCCGACGCGGCCGCGCUCGCCGACGAGGCGGCCUACGGCGCGCUUCGGGGCGCGCUGGUGGAGGCGGCGGGCGCCGACGCCGCGCGGGCCGCGGCCGGGGCCUUCGUGCGGGCCGCGGGCGGCGCCGCGCGCGCGGCGGCGGCCGUCGCGGAGGUCUGCGGCGCGCUCCGGGCCGUCGCGGCGUCGUCGGUGCUCCGCGAGGCGGGCAAGCUCGGCUGCGGCGAGGUCGCGGCCGCCGUCGAGGCGUGCGUCGUCGCGCUGGAGGGGGCGGACGUCGCCGCGGCGCUCGCGGCGCGCGGCGCGGAGGUCGCGGAGGAGGCGCGGCGCCGCGGCGAGGCGCUCGCGCGCGGCGGCCCCGAGGCGGCCGCGGCCGCGGACGCCGUGCGCGCCGUCGCCCUGGACCUGCCGCUGCCGCUGGCGCCGCCCUGCGCCGUCGCGGACCUCGGCCCGCGGCUCAACGAGGCGGCCGUCGCCGCGCUCGCGGCCGCCGGGGAGAUAUGGGCCGCGACGACGCGCGUGAGCUGGACCCGCCAUCGAAGUCCCGGCGACGUCACCGACGCCGACGCCGCGAGGCCGGGCGCGCACGUCCACGGCCUCGCGCUCUACGGCGCGGCGCUCGACGCCGACGGCGGCCUCGAGGAGAUCCGGCGGCCCGACGUGGAAUUCGAGCGCGCGGGCGUGCUCUACGUCUCCGCGCGCGUCGCGGACGACCCGGGCCCCGGCGUCUACGAGGCGCCGGCCUAUCGGACCAAACACCGCAAAGCGGAGGACCUGCUCUUCGUCGUUCGAUUUAUGUGCGGCGCCGACCGGCGGAAGUGGCUCAUCCGCGGGCCCUGCCUCGCGCUGGACGGUUCGCCUUCGGGUGACGCGUCGGGCUAA